ACUUUUCUAUAUUUUUUUAAUCACAAAAUCCUAAUUUCCACUUUAGCCUUAUGAGAUUUAUUUUUAUUCUAGCUACCAGUUCAGUUGAUAAUCAUUUAAAAUGGAGGAAGUGGGGGUGAAUUUUUGCAAGAUGGUUGGGGGGGAAAUGACCCACAAUUACAGAAAAUAGAGGGUUUGUAUACACUUCUAAAACUCUUCCAGCCAUCAGUCAAAUUGGUGAAAAACCUGCUGUAGAAUGCAACACAGUUAAAGGAGGCCACCCAAGGCAGAUCUCUGCAUUCAGGAAAGUUUAGGAUUCAAUUAGAUAUCGUAAGGAAGAGUGAAAAGGCCUGAGUACAGUGAAACAGAGUUUGAUGGGAGAAACAAUGGGUAGUGAAUGUUGCCUCCCUCAUGCCAGGGUCAGGAAUGUCUUGGAUUGGAUCACAGUAUCCUAAAGGGGAAGGGUGAACAGCCAGAAGUCUGGGUACAUAUUGGUACCAAAGACAUAGGUGGGAAAACUGAGGUGGUCCUCCCUAAAGAGAAAAUUUAGGGAGCUAAGUAGGAAGCUGAAAUACAGGAUCUCCAGGAUAGCAGUCUCUGGACUACUGCCUGUGCCGUGCGGCAGUGAAGGUAAGAAUAGGAUGAUUUGGCUGAGAAAUGCAGGGGAUCAGGGUUUCAAAUUUCUGGAUCAUUGUGAUCUCUUCUGGGGAAGGUAUGACUUGUAAAAAAGGGAUUGGUUACACCUGAACCCAAGAAGGACCAAAAUCCUUGUAGGCAGCUUUGCUAGAGCUGUUGGGGAGGCUUUAAACUAAUCUGGCAGGAGGAUGGGAACCUAAGUGAUUAGGCUGAGGAUAAGGCUGUUGGUUUACAAGCAGAGGCAGUGUGUAGAUAGACUAUCAGAAAAGACAGGUAGAUAAUAGGGCAAAAUUGCAGUCAGUGGGAUGAGUUGAGUUGUAAAAGGGGAACAAAAUUGAAAAAGGUGACAUAUACAGGACUGAAGGUGUUAAAUUUGAAUAUACGCAGCAUACAGAAUGAGGUAGAUGAUCUUGUAGUGCAAUUAGAAUUUGGCAGGUAACGUUGUGGGUGAUGGCUGAAAAGAUUAUAGUUGCGAGCUUAACAUCCAAGGAUACACAUUAUAUCGAAGGGACAGGUAGGUAAGCAAAGGGGGUGGUGUGGCUCUGUUGGUUAAAAAACAAAAUCAGAUCUUUAGAGUUGACAUAAGAUCAGAAGGUGUAGAGUUCUUGUGGAUAGAGUUAAGAAGCAGCAAGGGUAAAAAGAUCCUGAUGGGAGUUACAUACAGGGCUCUGAACAGUAGCCAGGAUGUGGGCUACAAGUUACAAUGGGAGGUAGAAAAGGCAUGUUAAGAGGGCAAUGUUAUGAUCGUCAUGAGGGAUUUCAAUAUGCGGGUAAAUGGGAAAAUCUGAUUGGGAUUGGAUCACAAGAGAGAGAAUUUGUAGAAUGCAUAUAAGAUGGCUUUUGAGAGCAGCUUGUGGUUGAGCCCACUAGGGGAAUCAGCUGUUCUGGAUUGGUUGUGUAAUGAACCGAUUAAGAUAAAGAAAAUCUUAAGAGGUAGUGAUCAUAAUAUGAUAGUCUUCACCCUGCUGUUUGAGAGGGAGAAGCUAAAGUCUGAUGUAUCAGUAUUACGAAGGAGUAAACUGAAUUACAGAGGCAUGAGAAAGAAGCUAGCCAAAGUUGAUUGGAAUGGGAUACUAACAGUGUUGAUGACAGAACAGCAAUGACUGCAGUUUCAAGAACAACUUGGAAGCCAUAGGGUAGAUACAUACCAAAGAAGAAGUAGUAUUCUAAAGACAAGAUAAUGCAACUGUGGUUGACAAGGGAAAUCAAAAGCAAAAGAAGGGGCAAAUAAUAGAGCAAAAAUUAGUGGAAAAUUAGAAUAUUGGAAAAAAGACAACUAAAAGCUGUAGGGGAGGGGAAGAUGAAAUAUGAAGGUAAGUUAGCCAACAAUAUCAAAGAGGACAGCAAAAGUUCUUUUCAGAUCUAUAAAGAGUGAAAGAGGCAAGAGUGGAUAUUGAACUGCUGGAAAAUGACACCGGAGAAGUAGUAAUAGGGGUAAAGAAAUGGUGGAAGAACUGAAUAUGUAUUUUGCACUAAUCUUCAGUGUGGAAGACACUGGCAAUAUGCUGGAAGUUUGAGAUUGUCAGGGGGUAGAAGUGAGUGUGGUUGCUAUUACUAGGGAGAAGGUGCUUGGGAAACUGAAAGGUCUGAUGGCAUUGUAGAUAAGUCACCUGGACCAGAUGGACUACAGCCCAGGAUUCUGAAAGACAUUGCUGAGGAGAUUGUGGAGGCAUUAAUAAUGAUCUUUCAAGAAUCAACAGAUUCCAGUGUGGUUCUGGAAGACAGGAAAAUAUGUUGGAGUUGAUUGUUAAGGAUGUGGUUUCGGGGUACUUUGAGGACAUGAAAAAUGGGCCAAAGUCAGCAUGGUUUCCUUAAGGGAAAGUCUUGCCUGACAAAUCUUUUGAAAUUUUUUGAGGAAAUAAAAGGCAGAAUUGACAAAGGAGAAUUGGUGGAUGUUGUGUACUUGUAUUUUCAGGAGGCCUUUGACAAGGUGCUGUACAUGAAGUUGCUUAACAAGAUAAGAGCCAUGAUAUUACAGGAAGGACACUAGCAUGGAUAGAGCAUUGGCUAAUUGGCAGAGGCAAAGAGUUGGGAAUAAAGGGAGCCUUUCCUGAUUGGUGAUUAGUGGUGUUCCACAAGGGUUGGUGUUGGGAUCACUUCUUAUAACAUUGUACAGGCAAUCCCCGAGUUACGAACGUCCGACUUAUGGACAACUGGUACUUACGAGUGGAGGGAGGAGAAUGCCUUCCGCCAUUUUAAGUCGGAUCACGACACCAUCCGCCAUUUUAAUUUGUUGCAGUUAACUCUGUGUUGAGUGUGUAACUUUGUAUUUGGCUUAAAUAUUUCUUAGCAAGAUUCACCCUGACCUUUUUCCAGUCAGCACCACCCCCACUUGCCCCAUUUAAACUUUCUCAGUGCAGGUGGACUUUAGGACCUGGAGCAGCACAAGAUCCGCCGCUUGCGGCUGCUGCUGUAUUUUUUUUAUUAAGUGUGAUCAUGAAUAAUAGCCAGAUCAGAAAUGCUGAUCGUCAUCUAGUUCCUAAAGAGAACUCUGAUAGGCCAAUCAGACGAUUCACUGCUGCUCAGCGAUAGAACAUAAAAUCUGCAGUUUUCUGUUCCGUUGACGGAAAACGAUCGCGAUUGGAAAGAGGUGAAAUGCCAUCGGUCAUUGGAAAAGCUUUAGGCUACAGUUGGUCAACGAUCGGAUCAACUUUAAAGGAUACAGAGAAUAAGUACAACUACCUACCAGCCACAGUGAAUGUAUGUGCAGAGACUGUAAAACUGGUAUUUUGUUGCAUUCUAGCACUACGAGUUAUAAUAAAAGAAGGUCGGACUUGCCAGGAUUUGAAAUGUUCCUCUAGGCGCAGCAUUUUUCAACUUAUGAAAUGGUCUGUUCCAGCACUUCUCUACUUUGUGGAUAACUUAAUUAUCUUCUAUGUGUUGGCCUACCUCCAGCCGGCAAUGGCAGUUCUGUUUUCGAAUUUUGUGAUUAUCACAACUGCUCUUCUGUUCAGAGUUGUUCUUAAGCGGCGCCUGUCCUCAGUGCAAUGGGCAUCACUGGUAAUUUUAUUCCUUUCCAUUGUGGCUCUUGUAUCAGGGACUGGAAAAGCACAAGACAGUGUAUCCAGGCACAUUUCGAAUCAUUAUGUGUACUUCAAUGCAUCAAAUAGCUGCUUCCCGCUUGAGACAUCUUGGAUUAAAAAUGCACACCACCAGCCGAUCAGUCCCACAGCAACUCCAAAAUGGGAUACUAAUUCAUUCAAAGAACUUAACCUUGGUUUUGGUCAUCUUUUUAUAAUUAUACAGUGUUUUGUUUCUUCAAUGGCUAAUAUUUAUAAUGAAAAAAUGCUGAAAGAAGGAGAUCAACUGACUGAAAGUAUUUUUAUUCAAAAUAGUAAACUGUACUUUUUUGGUGUUAUAUUCAAUGGAUUGAUAUUGCUACUUCAAUCUGAAUCUCGUACCCACAUCCAAAAUUGUGGAUUUUUCUACGGACACAAUAUGUUUUCUGUGGCUUUAAUCUUCACUACUGCUGCCUUUGGACUAUCUGUGGCUUUUAUCCUGAAAUUCAGGGACAAUAUGUUUCAUGUCCUCACAGCCCAAAUAAUAACUGUUAUCAUUACCACAGUAUCCAUCUUUGAAUUUGAUUUUAAACCUUCGCUGACUUUUUUAUUAGAAGUUCCUGUGGUAUUCCUGGCAAUAUUUAUCUACAAUUCCAGCAAGAUAAAGGACCCAAUGCAUGUGCUACAACAAGAGAGACUAAAGGUUAUAAAUGGUGAAAUUCUAGAACGCUCCAGUGGGGAUGGUGAGGAAUUGGAAAGAUUGACGAAACCAAACAAGGAUUCUGAAACAGAAGAAGAUUCCUUCUAGAAUAUUAAAUAAAACAAUGUGUUUGCUUCAUAAAUGAAUGAUCCUCAUGGGAUGUGUAUUAGGUACCUGAUUUCUUUGAUAUGUCUUUUGUUCAGGAUCCAUACCUCAUUUGCACUGGAGUUUAUUUUAAAAGUACUAAGAAUGCAGAUGGAUUUUACAUCAACAUUCCCAGCCUGGGUAUGAAAUAACACAGGAAUGACUAAUUUCCAGCUUGUCUGCUGGUUAGACUAACUAGGAAAACUAUAUGAUGAACUUGCAUUGACCUGGAUUUUGCAGAAGGAAAAAUGUUGCUUAUUAUUAUGCUUAUAACUGAUAUUGUUGGCAAUUGUAUGACAUCCUCUUCACAAGUAAUCUGUGACGUGUGAGAAUAGGAAAAGCUAGGGUGUGCCUCCUUAAUAAAUCAGACUGAACCUUGCUGAAAUAUAUAGUGAAGGUCACUGGUCGGGAUCUUCAGAACAGAUGGGAAUAUAUAAAAUCUGGGGAAAAUUAACAAUUAAGAACUUAGCUCUGUUCCCAGGAGGUAGAGUGGGAAGUAUUUUACAAGCUUUACCACAGGCAUUCAGCAGUUCCACUAGACAAGGGAGUCUUUAGAGAAAUUGUAAGUGCCUUUACACUAUUGCUUGUAGGAAGAAAGAUAAGAGAUGAUUUCUCUUGUUCUAAUCGAAUUCUGUUCUCGGCAAUUAGACAUCCUACCUUCCAGUGAAGGCAAGCCAGUGAAUUUGACUGAUUUUGGGUAGGGGGGACCUCAUAGAAUCAUUUCGAAAGUUGAAAGGCAUGGACAGAGUGGAUGUGGCAAAGUUGUUUCCCAUGGUGGGGGAGUCUAGUACAAGAGGGCAUGACUUGAGGAUUGAAGGGCACCCAUUCAGAACAGAGAUGCAAAAAAAUUUUUUUAGCCAGAGGGUGGUGAAUCUAUGGAAUUUGUUGCCACAGGCGGCAGUGGAGGCCAAGUCAUUGGGUGUAUUUAAGGCAGAGAUUGAUAGGUAUCUGAGCAGUCAGGACAUCAAAGGUUUUGGUGAGAAGACGGGGGGAGUGGGACUAAAUGGGAGAAUGGAUCAGCUCUUGAUAAAAUGGUGGAGCAGACUUGAUGGGCUGAAUGGCUGACUUCUGCUCAUUUGUCAUAUGGUCCUAUGCAAUCUGACAAGUCCAAUAGAUAUGCUUUGGAGUUGGUCUCCAAAGCAUGCAGGGAACCACAAUACUAUGUCCACUCCCUACCUCCAUUGCAAUCCACAAUUUCAGAAACAAAAAUGGUUGCCGGAAUGUUCAAUAGAAAAUGCUUUCAUAAUUAAUUAUUUUUUUAAAAAUUUCUGUUUUAAUUAGCUUGGCACAUCAUGAGUCCAGUGCUAUACAGUUCUGUGUUAAAUUUCCAACUGAGUUUAAAAAGUGAAUGAAUGCUUCAGAUUUGUAAACAGCUUCUCCAGCAAUGUUUAGUAAUUAAACUUAAUCUCUGUUAGAUUUUCACUUAUACAUACCCCUACCUCUUUCUGAUAUAUUUGGUAGCUUUUAAGGUAGAAAAGCUGUAGUUUUCUAGAGAUGCUACUAGCCAGGGGUUGGGGACAAUAAUGGGAAUAUGCUCCCACUACCUAUUAAAUUCUCCCGGUGACAUGUGUCUCAAAUAAACUCUGACAAUCAAGUCCAGCUCCUGACCUUCACGUGUGGCUUAGUUACUAAGCCUGGAGGAAUAGUUUCUACUGACAGGAGAAGGGGCAAAGGUGGUUACUCGCGCCUUAAAACCAGUUGCUUUGGGCAGAUAGGGCUAAUCAGUUGUGGUUGGCAGCUCACCUAGGAGAAGGAAAACUGAUCUCAAACCUUUGCUGCCUUCCAGUUAUACCCACUCAUGGGGCAGGCUUUAGGAGUAAACCCCAAGGAAAAUUCAGGAGCUGGAAUUCCUAAGGCAUUGAAUUUAACAUUGGCUGGCAAUGCCCGUGAUGCCGCUAGUGCCUAACUGUAUCAGUCUCUGCCAUUCAUUUGGAUUCAUCACCUGCAUGGAAGGGGGGCGGGGGUGCGGGGUGGCUGUUGCAUGGGUAACAGCUUACUCUCCAUAUUAUUGUACUGCCCUGGCUUGCGUUUUGACUACGUAGAUAGCUGGGAUGUAACAUUCAUGGUCGAUCCCAACAAAUGGAAGUCCCACAGUAUAAUAUUUGAGUAAAAUUUGUGCAGGAGCAAGACACCUUGGAAAGGAACAUGCUGUUAUCCUUGCAUGUUACAGACAAGUAUACAGGUGAUUCUGUCUGAUGGAACCUCUAUAGUAUUUUAAUGCAAAAUCCAGGCCCCUACUUGUCUCUUGGAACUACAGUUAAUCCAGCACAUAAAGUUAAUAGUAUUUCAAAUCAAUUCAUGAUUUAUUUAUUUACUUUCAAAUAAAUACGUGAUCAACAAAAAUUGAACUUUACAUGGAAAGCAAAUACUUUUCUGGAAUUUAUGCUAAUAAUUAACCUUAAGGAUUGAGAGGAUUAACUGAUUGUAAAAAAAAAAGUAAAAGUAGCUUGAUUUUUAAGAAAAACAUGCAAGCAAUCUUUAUUGUGUAUAGUUUAAGAUUAUUGCUCUUAAGAAAAUACAGAGUGCUUUGAAUACCUUGCUAUAGAUGUUUUUAAUUAGUAUAAUUGUAUUUAAUGUUUGAUACCAUGAGUUGAUGCAAAUGCUUCAUAUUGGAGAUUUAAUAAAUAUGACCAUUAACUUCUA